CGCUCGCUACCGCUAAAUAUUGGCCUCGCCCUACCGCUAGCUUCUUUCUGCUUCAGCAAACGGAGAACCUCAGGGACUGCCCUCGAGUCUUCUGUCUCCUUGUGGGUCCUUCUUGGUCUGUCGCCCAAAGAAAGUCAAAGCCGCUGGCGUUCGCAAAGUUUGAAUUGCAGUUUUAAUUGGAGGCCGCUUGGCUAGAGAAGGAAAAAGUCUGCCAGAUGUCUGGCGGUCAAAAAGGAGACAUGAAGGGCUGAAGUUUGUCUGGGUAGAGCAAAACCAUGUAGGAGCAACACAAGACGGGGAGCAGAGAUGUGCACAGGGACUCGGAGGUAACUGGAGCCCGACCGGCCGGGGAUAAACGUUACAUGAAUGUCCAACGGAGGCAGAUUCGAGUUUGACGAUGGAGGCUGCUAUGUGGGCGACUGGGAAGAGGGCCGGGCACAUGGCUACGGCGUGUGCACAGGCCCCGGAGCCCAGGGGGAGUACAGCGGGCGCUGGUGUCGCGGCUUUGAGUCUCUGGGCGUCUACACCUGGCCCAGCGGGAACACCUACCAGGGCUUCUGGAGCCAAGGCAAGCGCAGCGGCCUGGGCACGGAGUGCAAGAGCAAGUGGAGUUACAAAGGGGAGUGGUGCCACGGGCUGAAAGGGCACCUGGGCGUCUGGGAAAGCCACUCUGGAGUCAUCUAUGAAGGCGUCUGGCGUGAAGGCCUACAGGACGGAUAUGGCAUGGAAACGUACGCUGAUGGAGGUACUUACCAAGGCCAGUGGCAGGCUGGCAAGCGUCAUGGAUAUGGAGUGCGCCAGAGUGUCCCGUACCGUCAAGCCACCCUGGUGCGCUCCCCACACCGGACCUCCCUGGAAUCUCUCCACAGUGAGGCAGAUCCUAAUGCCCCUGUUGUACCACUCCCUCCUCCUCCUCUGCCGCCUCCACCACUCCCUGGGGACAGCCCUGCCUCAGGAUCCAGGGGUGGUUUUGUGUUAGCUUUUCCUGGAGAUCCAGACUUCCCCAAGGGGGUCAAGAAGAAAAGUGGGGGGUUCUUUCGGCGUUCCCUGCUCCUGAGCGGGCUAAGAGUGCGGAGGGCUGAAUCUAAAGCAUCCCUGGGCAGCAAGCGAGGGUCCCUCAAGAGUGAGGCAGGGGUGAGUUCGGCAGGAAGCGAGGCCACCACGCUCAGCUAUGCCGAGACCGAGCCUCCUGAGAUGCCUUCAACUCUGACCAUUGAAGGUUCUUCCACCGAGGUCUACGCGGGAGAAUGGCGGGCGGACCGGCGCAGUGGCUACGGGGUGAGUCGCCGCUCCAACGGGCUGCGGUACGAGGGCGAGUGGUUGGGUAACCGACGACAUGGGUACGGGCGCACCACCUACCCCGACGGCUCCAAAGAAGAGGGGAAGUACAAGCUCAACCGUUUGGUGAGUGGUAAGGUGAAGAACCUCAUCCCGCUUCGCCGGAGCAAAGUCAAAGAGAAAGUGGACCGAGCGGUAGAAGUCGCCAGAAGGGCAGUCAGCAUGGCCCGUCAGAAGCAAGAACUAGCCAUAGCAAGGGCUGCCGAUGCUCGUCUGAAGGCGGCCGCUGCGCUUGGGGCGGCUGAGAAGGCCCUGGAAGCUUCCCGUCUGGCCAAGAUUUUGGCCCAAGAAUUGCAGCCCAUUCUAGCUGAUUCAGAGCCACGGGGCCGGUUAGAUUCAGAAGGCACCGAGACCGAUUUCCAGGAAUACGACAGUCCCCGUAUCUACGAGAACGGCAUCACCCCUUCAGAUGUCACCCCGGAUCCAAGCUUACCGCCGAGCUACCCACCCACGCCGUUGCAACCCUGGCGGGGGGACCCUCAGCGGACUCGGCCCCCCUUGGAGAACGGGGGUCCUCGCCAGCACCUCCCCGAGGCCUCCGACGUGGAGGAUGAGUGGGGUUCGCGGGGCAGCUUCCCGUCUCGGACACCGCGGCUCGUCCCCAAGGGGCUGUGGGAGGAGGAACAGGGGCAGCUGAGCAGCUACGAGGCAGAGGAGGAGGAUUACGAGAGGAUGCCGCAGCACCCUCAGCUGGGCAGCCCUGCCAGCAACAGCUCGGGCAGCCUCCGGGAAGAGGAGGAGGAAGAGGAGGAAGAAGGGACCACUUCUAAGACUUAUCCGGGGGGGAUCCAGGAGGAUCCGGCACCCUUGGGUGCUCCUGCGGGUGCAGAGACGAAGAACGGGGAACAGCACAGCUCUUCUCUCAUGCUGGACAGAGGGGAGGCCCUCCGAGCAGUCCGAAGGGGGAGGCAGGGGUCUCACCUGUUGCUUGUUGCUGCGGUCCUGUUGAUCGAUGUGAGUCUGGCUUACCUGUUCUCGCUCCUCCUCGCCUGAGACGAGAUGACGGAGGCCGGGGGCCCACUUUUGACCCUGUUUCCUCCUACCCCCCCCAAAGAAGUUUGAUAAACUCUGAUCUCUGCCUCUCUUCCCCCCACCGCUCCCCCUCCCCGUCUCUUUUUUCACAUGUCUUUACUCACCCACCCAAUCCUGGCUGCCUCUUAACUAUAAACUUUCUAGAUCGUUUACAUAUAAAGGGCUCUCUUUCUACUGGAGAUUUUGAUUCCCCCCCUGCACUUUGCUGCCCCCCCCCAAAUGACGAACAUCUCCUUUUCCUGCUUCACCUG